CGCGGUUCUUGCGUUCAUUCGCUUUUUGCCCACCUUUCGACGCGCGCGCAACCUGCUAUUGUUACAAACAUUUCUCUCACGUGGGAACUUUGUCUUCGUGCUUUACCCGCUUAUACCUCCGUGCACAGUUCUUACGAUAACACGUUGAAGUCAAUUAAUUGGCUGUGAGUGAAAAUUUACGUGCAUUUUGGUUUGGUGUCGGAAUGCGCUAGUGUAAAACUUGUGGGUGACAUAUUUGGAUUUGUGUACAAGUUAUGUGAAGAUCAAACAGACUAGAUCUUUUAUCUUUUUUUAGAAAAGAUAAACGCAAGGAGCGAUGGCGAUCACGCGGGUAAUUCCGCUUCUAAUAGCGGUGAUUGCGAAAUGCAGAUCUGAAGCAACAAAUGGAUAUAACAACUAUAACAGCAAUGAUGCUUCCCAUUUUGGACAGUUAUUAAAACCUCCACCGCCACCUAUACUGCCAAUAUUGCCUGUGCCAUUUAACGGCGGAGUCGGAAAAUUGCAGAAUCAGAAUGACUUCGGAUAUCAAUACCAGACUCCACCACCUUUACCGUCUACGACACCUCCAAUUGUACCACUCAACGAUUUCAAGUUCCCCGCACCAUUUUAUAGACAGUACAGUUUCAAUUUCGUACCGCCGCCCCAACCAUUUGCAACAACACCAUCGCCGUCUAUGUUUCAGAAAAUCUCUGGAUGGCUCUUUCCUUCUCAACAACAGACAUCUGAUGUAGAUACUAACGUGAAUAACCACAAUGUACCGUUGCAGGGCAAAUGUAAUCCUUGCAACUUGGUACCAUGGAUACCAGUAAUCCGAUAUGAUUUAGCUCCUAAUAAAAUCCGACAAAAUAAUCAGCCUACGUAUGGCCCGCCAAGCCCAACAGUCAAUACUAUUCUAAAUUCAGCUCAUAAUUUGCCACAAGCAUUUACUCCAUCGCAAAACAAUUACAAAACUCCAAUCAAACUUUCGACGGGUACACCUCAUGCUAGUUACGGUCCACCAGCCCCUUCCAAGUUUUCUAGUAGUUCAUACAGUCCUCCAAGUUCAACUUAUGGACCACCCAGCCCCACGCAUUCAGUAACAACGCCCUACCAAGCACCCCUCAAUUCUCCAUAUUCUGUUAGCAGUAGUUCUUUUUAUGACUUACCUCAUACAUCACUUGGACCAUCAUCAUCUUACGGAAUCCCUAGCUCAUCAUAUAGAAUACCUGACUCAACAUAUAAAACACCGAUAUCAUCUUAUGGUACUCCAUCUUUUCAAUACGAAAAUCAUUUUUCAACAACUACUCUUUCUCCGAAUACAUUAGGAUAUAAGCCUGAUGUUUUGAAUAACUAUUUACCACCUCAAAAUGAUGUUGAGCUGUUAAACCAAAUUGAACCGUCUUCGGAAUUGCAAUUACCAAAGGUUACACAUCCUACAGGUUUCAGAAACUCUUAUGGAGAACCAAUUCUGAAUACAUAUGCUUUGGAUAUUCCAUUUUCUGUAUCGGCGGCGGGUGCGGCCUCGUCUAAAAUAAAGACUGAAAUUCUACCCGAUCAUCGAGUCAAUCCACAUGGCUCUAAUAUGACUAUAGAGCUAGCAAACCCGGCACCAUUCAGUCUAAACAGAGGUAGAAAUAUUCAUACAUUACAACCGGUCGCAUUACCUAACCUUAGUGUGUCACCACUGCCUCCAAUAUUUAACGCUAAACCUUUCCGAGUUAUACCUUCAACUUACGCUUUCAAUUACGGGCAAGGAAUACAUAUACAACACAAUGGAUCUAAUAAUUUUAAUAUAGCAAAAAGUGUUCCACUGGCAGAGUUUACACAUUCUAUAGAGUAUCCUACUACUAUAAUUCAGUCUCCUGUUAUUGAUAUAGACGAGUUAAAAUCAUUUAACCAUACAAAAGGUUACAGAAAUAUACAAAAUAGUUAUGUGAUAGAUGAAAUGCGGGAUAUAUCUCCUCAAGCAUCAGAAGAUCACGUUUCUGCAACUAAGUCUAACCAAGAUGUGAGCUUUGAAAGUAUAGGAAAUGAAUUUACAAAUGAUUUAUACGACAGCAAUGUUCCUAUGGAUUUAAAACAACCUAAUGUGCCAUUUAACCAUAAAGUUAGUUUUGCCGAUUUACGAGGAGUUAAGGACGAAGAUGUUGAUAAAUACCGUACCGAAAGUAAUUUACAGCAUAUUGAUUCACCACUUCUUUAUCUUAAACCAAGUGCACCGCAUAAAAAUUAUAAUAAUUUCUUUUUUAUGGUAUCUACGCCAGGCAAACAACACGAAUAUGAAAUUUAUGACGAAAUACCAACGACGACAGAAUCCUCUUCAGCCACAUUAACGAGUGAUUGGGAUGAGAGUAGAAACUACUUUACUGAACAUUUAUCUCCUCCAACAGCUGAAGAAAAAGACACAAAUCGUCCGAAAAUUGUUCAAAUAAUAGUUCCUUAUACGACAGCACAAAGAAGUGACCGCAAUACAAAUAAUUUUGCUGUUCAGCAGCAAGAUUUAAUUACUGAGAACCAAUAUCAAGCUCGUAAAAUUCAAUCUAAUACGGAAAAUAAUUUUGUUACUAUUGCAACUGAAGGUUACAGUACUUUGAGUACAACAACUGAAGAACCUGCAUUAAGUUACACUGAAAAUUUAGGGCGGCAAAAGCCACCUUCUGAUUUUUAUGACGUUAAAGAACCACCAUUUGACAUAAUAAAAUUGCAGCACACUAUAGAUGAUUGGACUGAACAAGAGUUUUCUAAGGAUUACAGUGAACCCCAAAAGAGUCGUUCUAAUGGAAAAUAUGCCAAACAAAUUCCUGAUGAAUUUUUCACGACAAUCAAUCCAUUUACAAAUAACUAUCCAACUGAAACGAACAAUUAUAAUUUUGAUUUAUAUGACCAUGAAGGCGCUAGUAGUAUGCAUCAUGUAGUGACUGACAAUGGUACAAAUAUUAAUCUCAUAAAACGAAAAGAAUAUAAUUCCAUCGAAAGGUUAAAAAAUAAGUACAAUACUGGCAAAAAUGCAGAAGCAGAGGAGACGAAAAAGUUACACAUUUAUACAGCUGCUUCAACAUUUAGAAGCACAUCAACUACAACUCCUGCUCCGUGGGGCCAAAUACAAACAUCAAUAUCACCAUUAACAAAUGAAAAAGUGUAUGUGGUGACUUCAAAGCCAUGGCGGGAUAAUAAUGCAAGUAGUGAAUAUGACUACGACAUAAAUAAAGACGAGUCUAAAGAUGCGGAUUCAAAAAGCGAAGAUGAAUUAGAUGACUUGCCAUUUAAAUCUCCAAGAUUUACCAACAGACCUUCGUAUGGCUUUACAGCUGAUGCGUUAGAAACCUUAAAACUAGAUUCUCCUUAUGGAUUUUCACGAGGAUGGUACCGAAGAAUAAAUAAUUUGGAGUACCCUACAUCACUUGACAAUGGACAGUUUGAUGAAGAUUUAGAAAAGGAUUCGAGUAGCUCAAGAACUACGGAGGAAAAUGAGUGAAAUAAAAUAUUAUGAAAAUUUCUGGUACUCUAUGAUAGACUUAGAGUCGGGAACAGUGCUUUAUUCUGGUAUACCGUAUGAACUUUCUGUAAAAGAGUG